CUACUACUGGACUCAUACAUGAUACAUGGACCCGUUCUGCAGCAAGAGAAGACGACCAAGCCAAGAGCAAUAGAGAGAAACCGAGAGAGAGAGUUUGUCUGGCGGCGGCUUCCGGCUCCUCUGCUGCUAUGCCGCACCAUGGGCGCCCCUCGGCUGCGUUCCUCUCCGAAGCUUCUAGAACUUUGCUGGUUCGUAAUUUCUGCGAAUUUCAGAAAUUGGGGCUGAUUUGGUUGGGGGCUGUGUGGAUCGUUGCAAUGGAUUUUGAUGUGAGAUUUGUGCCGUGGUUAGUUACUGGGCUUCCUUCGAGCUUCAUUAGGAAUCAUUGGAAUGAUAUUGGGACCGGAGAAUCCUCUUCCGGCAUGACUUUUGAGCUUGUUUGCGUUAAUCUCCGAUCUCCUAUCCCUACCUGGACUGAGCGGGGGGUUUGGAAAGGAGACUGACACUGCAGAGGCCGCUCUUGGUAGAAACUUCAAGAUCUUGUUCUUUGGUUUGGCUUGUUUCUCCAUUGUACAGAAAAGACUAUUAAGAUAUUAUUCAGUUUCUUCCUCAAUGAUCCUGUUGUGAAGAUUUACGAAGAUGAGUAAAAAACAAAAAAUGAAGCUUGGAGGGAGAAGCCUGCUUUUUAGAAAAAUAAAUGCUACACUGACGUCAACAGUAACGGGAGAAAACGUCUAUUAAGAUUUUUUUAUUUGAGUGAACACCACGUCAGUUGUAAGUUUCUCUUUGUAAUACUUCAUGUAGUCCUAGCAUUUCUCAAUGAGAAGAGAUAACUUUGGAUUCCGUGAGAUAACUUUGAAUAAGGCCAACUGUGGGGGAACCCACACCACUCCCUUCAAUUCCAGGCAUGGUCAACUACACAGUACACAUGAACAGGGACGCAUCGCGCUUGAACCGGAAAAGAAGCCGGAUCUAGCUUCUUAUUCUUGCCGAUGGUCGCUCGGGCUCGUUUACACCCCCUGAUUCUUACAUUUUUGCAAUUUGGAGGAUAUACUCUUGCGAGAAACUCAAGUGACUUGUUUCAGAGUUUUGGGUUUGAUACACAACCCGUACCCAUUGGUCUCAUCAUAUUUCAGGCCAAGAGUUAUUCUAUUGGAGUGGCUUACAUGUAAGCUGAGCAAAAUGAUGCACUAAUCCAAUCCAGAUUGGGCCAUGUUUCAGUUAUCAAGAUAUUAAAGUAUAACUUUGAAACUUAUUUGGAUAUGCGGCAACAUGCGGCCCUCAAACUGCCAACUCUCCCACAAACUUUGGAAGGAGUGAUCAGCCAAGUGAAUUUUGAAAUGUCUCGAGCCUAUAGUCUUGAUAAAAGGAUGAACUGCUGUGGGGAGCUGCAUGGCUCCUAUGGGCGACCAAAGAUGUUUCUUACUUGAGUUUCUUAAAAAAAAAAAAUUCAAGUAAGAACUGCCAAACCGCUACUUGAGUCGGGAUGCUACGCUUCCUGUCUCCAAACAUUGAAUGUCACUGAUUUGCCAUUUUUUCUAUACUGGACUUUUGUGAUCGAGUCCCACCACGGUUUCAACAAAGUUUGAAUUCUUUCCAUGUCUUUUUAUAAUUCAUCUCGUGUUAUUCCUGGUUUCAUGAUUUGCUAUUUUGGAACAUUUCUUAUUUCAUUUCUCAUAUUGCUGGUAUUGGUAUAAAAAUUCUCUUCGUCUGUUUUUCCUCUUUCCUUUUGCCCUGUAUCCUGUUUCUUGAUGCUUCUUGAGAUUAUUAUCAUCUGUUUUACAGCAAACAGUAUGGUUAUUUUUUAGGGACUCAUUUAAAAGAAUUUGCCUUGCUGCUGUACUUUGAACCAAUAAUCUAAUGAAACCAAUUUGGUGCGUAAAUCAAGUACAACCGUAACAAACAACAUAAAGUUAACCCUAUCAAGAUUUCCCCGAUACUUGUUGUACUUCACCUUCAUUUUCUCCGUCAUGGCACUUAAUACAUAAUCCCCACUCUCACUAAAAGCUUGUAAAUGUGUUUGGAUGCCACAAAUAUUUUGGAAAUGCAUAUUAGAUAUCACAUAUAAAGAACCCGAAAGUCGCAUGGUCACAUCAUAAAAAAGUUUUAAAAACUUGAGAAAAACCCUAAUAUUUUCCCAAUCCUCAAAAGCAAGAGGUCCCUAACCCCUUCUCCCUUACCCUCCCUCAAACAACGUAGAAACAAAGUAUCCAUCUUCUUCUUCCAUUAGAUGUAAAGCAUUUUGACAUUUUUCAGUGGCUUCUAACAUCUUAUAUGUAGAGUUCCAUCUAGUUGGAAUAUCAAGACACAACAAAUCUUUAAACUGAAUUUUUUUUAUCUCCAUACAAGCUGAAAUUUUUUCAAAUCUUGAAAAUAAAGACUUCACAUAUUUCAUUGCAUUUUGAACCUUUGCAAUAGAGUCAUUAACCUCUUUUAAACCAUCACUCACAAUAAGAUUUAGUAUAUGUGCACAUCAUCUCAUACGCAUAAACUCAUUAUCCAAUAUGGCGCCAACCAUAUCUCUACUUUUCCUCUUCAAGUACUUAAUAGUAGUAUUAUUGGCACUAGCAUUGUCAACUGUGACAAUAAAAAUUCUACUAAUACCACACUCAAGCAUACAAGCAUACAAGACUAUCUUUUUCCCAAUAGUCUCUCCUUUGUGAUUAAGAAUUUAAAAAAAAAUUAUAAUUCUUUUGAGUAAAUUACAAUCACUGUCAAUAAAAUGGCAGGUUAUACACAUAAUUAAGGUUUCAAAUUGAAGUCCAGGCAUCAGUGGUAAGACAAACCUGAGCACCAGUUGUCAAGAACAUUGCUCUCACCUUUUCAUUCUUAGAUAUAAAGAUCUUCAUAUAGUCCUUCAUCAUAGUGUAAUGGGAAAAAAUUUUAAACCUAGACUAAACUGUCUUCAUGAAAUCGUGAAACCCUUCACCCUCCACAAACUUAAAAAGCAACUCAUUCACAAUUACCAUCUUAGCCAAUGCCUCCCUUAUUUUCUGAACAUUGUAUUUCGCAAUGACAAGAUUACCAACAGAUCCUUCUCCUACUUGUCCUUCGUUCUUAGCAUCAAAACUCAAUAUUGACUGUGACUUAUCUAAUUUGCCAAACCUACCAUGAUAUUUCUUGCAACUAUUCCUCAAAUGUGAUAACAUGGAUGAUGUACCUAGCAUUUUGGGUUGACAACUAAACAAUUUGCUACAGUAGUUGCAUUUUGAUUUAGGAUCUUCGGAAUCAUACCCCACUACCUUGGUAAAAUGUUCCCAUACAAUUGAUUUUUGCACACUUGUUUUUGGUUUUGGUGGGAGAGCUUCAAUUGAACUAGGAUUUUGAGUAUCAACAUUUGUUGUAGGUCCAUAACUAACACAUUCAACAUUCUCAGUAUUAAUGGGAAGUAUAGUGCUAUUUAAAAGACUAGGACUAGGAAUAGGUGAAGCCGAAGCACCAGCAAUGGAACCAACAUUCUUAGCACCACUAUUUGCAUUACCAUCCAUGAAUCUACAAUUAGUAAGUUUUUUUUUUUUAAACCCAACCAACAGAUUACAUAUACCAUUAAGUUUAGGAUUCAAAUAACUCAAAAAGAUUCAACAGGUUAAAGAUUCACAUAAGGAUUCUGAAUGUAGUUCUUUGUGAUGUAGUCGCAUUCAACAGAUGCCAUUCAGCAUCCAUAUACAAAUAAAUAUAGCAGAUGCCACAAAGAUUCACAUUCAGCAGAUGCAAAUCCUGGAUUCAUAAAUAAUAACAAAUACAUAUACAAUCCACCCAACAGAAAGACGUGGAGGCAUCUAGUUGAGUGAAGGGGUCCAAGGUUCAAAUGUUUUUCUAUUGACCUCUUAGGAGGGGGUUUGAAUAGAGCAUACAUUCCGACCAGAUAUGAAUUCAUUUUGGUUUCUAGGUUACUUUUUAUAUCCAUUUUUUUUCUUCAUAGAAUUCUGAAAAAGUUUAAGUGGACCAGCAUUGUCCUUAAUAUAUAUUAUUCCUUGUUCUCAGGUUCUCGAACCCAAUUGGUACAUAAUGCAUAACAUACUUCAGACUGCAAAAAGUAUAGUUCUUUUGGACAAAUAGAACCAGGGAACUUUGUGUGUGAGAGCUCCGUGUGUAUGUAUUUCUGGAUUAACUACUAGGAUGGUCUUUAAUCACUAUAUGACUAUAAUUUUGGUAAGUAAAGAAAUAGAAAGAUGUUGGAUGAAACAAUGAUGAAAACGAUGAACAAGUUAAAAUGUUAGGAAGUAUGUUGGAUGUUGUGCAAAAUUUAAGCUGUUUAAAACGUAGUUUGUUCAUGUCUUAUUAUGAAUAUCACGUCUUUGAUUUGAGAUCCAGUAUGAACUUCAAGACUCAAACCCACAAACUUGGUACCCUUCACGGCAAAUAAAUCCAAUCAUACAAAAGAUCAGAUGGAUUAGACCCUGAUGUAGAAAGUUUUAAGGGCCAGAUUAUUAAUAAAGCCCAUAACCCUCACUCUUGGAACAACUUAACCUCAGCAACCAAUGAUUAAUAUAAUAUAAUGAAAGAACAAAAGCCGGACAUUUUAAGGGGAAACAAAAAAGGAAAAUUAUUUCAAUAAUUUGAGUAUGGCUAGAUUCUUAACUGACGGCCGGCGACUGGAGCUCGGGAUAUGGAUGGCCGGAGACUGGAUCUCGGGAUAUGGACGGCCGGAGACUGGAUCUCGGGAGAUAUGGACGGCCGGCGAGAGGGGAGAGAGAGAGAGAGUGCCGGAGACGGAGAUUUCUUGGGGCUGUAGAUGUUUCUUCUCAUGGGUGUACCGGAGACGGCCGGCGAGAGGGGAGAGAGAGAGAGAGAGCCGGAGACGGAGAUUUCUUGUGGCUGUAGAUGUUUCUUCUCAUGGGUGUACCGGAGACGGCCGGCGAGAGGGGAGAGAGAGCUGGAGACGGAGAUUUCUUGGGUCUGUAGAUGUUUCUUCUCAUGGGUGUACUGGAGACGGCCGGCGAGAGGGGAGAGAGAGAGAGAGCUGGAGACGGAGAUUUCUUGGGUCUGUAGAUGUUUCUUCUCAUGGGUGUACCGGCGACGGCCGGCGAGAGGGGAGAGAGAGGGAUGGCUGUGCCAACGCUGAGAAGAGGAGAAGAAAAAAACUGACGGAAAAAGAAGAGAAGAAGAAAAGGAGUGCCGACGCUGAGAAGAGGAAAAGAACGGGCGUAAAAAGAUGGGAGUAAGUGAUGGGUGCAACUGUGCAACUGUAGCAUUCCUCUUUGGGGACGAGGCCCAAAUGCCUUAUAUCCGUGUGUUACGAGUCGGUUCGGUGCGGACCGAGGCUCCACCCCCCUAUUUGGGGUUGUGCACGUGGAUGUUGUGGACGAUGACGUUGGAAACGUACCGCAGUGUGAUGUGCCCAGUGCCCAAUGCCCACGAUGUUUUAAGACGUUGCAGACUUGCAGUGUGAUCCUUGUCCCAAACUUUGGGAUUGAAUUGUAUUUAAUGGAUAACAAAACCUCUCUCUCUGUCUCUCGCAAAAAUUUCACCUGCUAAGUGGGAAAUGGCGUUUCCGUACAUGGAGGCUGUCAUCGUUUUCAUGAUAUUUAAGUAUAUCUUUGAAUCUUAUUUGGAUAUGCGGCAACAUGCGGCCCUCAAAUGGCGAACUCUCCCACAAACUUUGGAAGGAGUGAUCAGCCAAGAGAAUUUUGAAAAGUCUCGAGCCUAUAGUCUUGAUAAAAGCCACUUCUAUUUUCUUUGGGAGUUAGUGGCUAUAUUGAUGAACUCUGCAAUUUUGUUCUUCAGAGUAUUGCCUUGGUUUUGGAAGAAAUCGGGAGAAUUUGUGGUGCUAGUUGGUCUCAACGCAGAGAAUGAGAUAAUACACACCCUUGCGUUUUGGGCUGGUUGUAUGUUUUGGUCAGAGGACAUUUGUGAUCGAGUCCCGCCACGGUUUCAACAAAUAUGGUUGUUCUUUAGGGACUCAUUUAAAGGAAUUGGCGUUGCUGUUGUACGUGGCCCGCUUAUUGUUUCUGCAAUUAUUAUAAUAGUACAGAAAGGAGGUCCUUACCUGGCAAUCAAUCUCUGGGCGUCUCAGUUUGUUCUUUCUCUUGUGUGGAUGACACUCUACCCUAUUCUAAUAGCCCCACUAUUUAACAAGUUCACCCCUCUCCCAGAUGGUGAUCUCAGGGAGAAAAUUGAAAAUCUUGCUUCCUCUCUCGAGUUUCCUUUGAAGAAGUUGUUCGUUGUUGAUGGAUCGACAAGGUCGAGCCAUAGCAAUGCCUAUAUGUAUGGAUUCUUCAAGAACAAGCGGAUUGUCCUUUAUGACACAUUGAUUCAGCAGUGCGAAAAUGAUGAAGAAAUUGUAGCUGUUAUUGCUCAUGAGUUGGGGCAUUGGAAACUUAAUCAUACAAUGUACACAUUCAUUGCUGUGCAGAUUCUUACAUUUUUGCAAUUUGGAGGAUAUACUCUUGCGAGAAACUCAAGUGACUUGUUUCAGAGUUUUGGGUUUGAUACACAACCCGUACUCAUUGGUAUCAUAAUAUUUAAGCACACCAUAAUACCUCUCCGGUACCUAGAAAGCUUUGCUCUAAAUCUUGUGAGGCGAUCUUUUGAGUUUCAGGCUGAUGCCUUUGCUAAGAAUCUUGGUCAUGCCCUUGCACUUCGAGAUGCUCUUGUGAAACUGCAGGAAGAAAAUUUGUCAGCUAUGAACACUGAUCCUUGGUACUCGUUUUUCCUCUGUUCACAUCCCCCCCUUGUGGAACGAUUGGCUGCACUUGAUGAACUAGAUAAGAAAGAGGACUGAGUUGGCAACCUGCGGAUCAGAACCAAAGUACUUUAACAUGCAUGAAUUCCUUCAGUCUUGCGUACUUGUACUUGGGGACCCCGGUGUUUUGAGAGUGAAGUUUCACCGGUUGCACCCCGUUACGUGAAUGAUUUUAGAAACACGUAACGGGAUAAUUUGUUAGGUUUUUGCAUACCUUUUCAUUGUUUCAUCAUGCUUAAAUGGUAAAUAUCACAACUGUAGAGGUGAAAAUAAAAAUAAAUGUCAAUCAAUUUUGAUUUGAUU